AUGUUACUCACCACGUUACUCAUCACGUCUGGGCUGGCCGUCGCCGCCCUAGUUUCCCAAGCAUCUGAACCUCAAGAAUUCCACAUCCCACUAAUAAACGUCAUCCACCCCAGCGGCCGCCCCGGGCAAAGCACCUAUUGUACCGUCCGCAUCAAUGCAACCGAUGCUAGCACCAAUACCAGCGCACAGUGCAAUGCCAAAUUUGGCCCCUGCGUCGGUUCCUCGUCAACAGAUGACCCAGAGCCGGAAAUUCCGUAUCCCAAUGCCACGCACCCGGAGCCCUGCGAUGAUCCGAGUUUCCGAUUCUAUUUUCCAACGUAUCAGUCGAUCGGCAAUUUCAGCGUGCAUAUAACACAUGCCUACGAGGAUGCUUCCGGAGAGGAAGCGACGCAUGAGGGGGAGACGGAAACGGUUACUCGGGAUAACUAUCCAGAUGGGUAUCUCUAUGUCUGCGGAGGCAGUGGUGUCUGCUCCGCCACCUUUUACAAUGACGACAACCCUAUUGUUCUGCCUUUUCUGGAUCAUUGA